AGCUGCACAGCUCAGCUCGAGCGUCACAGGUGGAAGUCAAUCUAAUGGCUGAUCUUUGUGCAUGAGUUUGCCGUUGUGUGCAUGUGUGACUGGUGGUUGCUUUGGCUCUGGGUGUGUGUGUGUGUGUGUCGUUUCUCUCUAACCUCCCUUUUUCUCGACACUAUGCGCUUCUCUCAGAUCAGCAGAUGCAUCUUUGUCUCAGAAGCAACAUCACAGCUGUGAAGCAUUGAAAUACGUACAAUUCCCCUCCCAGCUCCUCGCCGCUAAGCUAAAACUCCCGAAAGACGCGAUUCGACUUAGAGCAGCCGUCUGACCUGGAACCCAACAACAAACCAGAAUAAAAAGAGUUUUCUUCACCAAUAUUUGUCCAGAACUUCAAGACCAGGUUCAGAUUGACUCCUCCCAGGCCUCAACAUGUCCGUCGACCCCGCGGUCGAGCUGCCCUUCUUCUACGGCAGUAUAAGUCGCUCGGACGCCGAACAGAGCCUGAAGCUGGCCGGCAUGUCGGACGGCCUCUUCCUGAUGAGACAGUGCCUCCGCAGCCUUGGAGGCUAUGUCCUGUCUGUGGUCUGGAAUCUGGAGUUUCACCACUACACCGUAGAGAAACAAAUGAAUGGGACUUACUGCAUCUCCGGAGGGAAGUCUCACUGCGGCCCUGGGGAGCUCUGCGAGUUUUACAGCAAGGACCCCGACGGGCUGGUGUGUCUCCUGAAGAAGCCAUGUCUGCGUCCUCCAGAGAUGCCCAUAAAGGUCGGCGUUUUCGACAAAAUGAGGGAGAACAUGCUGAGGGAGUACGUCAAGCAGACCUGGAACCUGGAGGGAGAAGCCAUGGAGCAGGCUGUCAUCAGUCAGGCUCCUCAGCUUGAGAAGCUGAUCGCCACCACUGCCCAUGAGCAGAUGCCCUGGUAUCACGGAAAUAUCACUCGAGUCGAAGGGGAAAGGAGGCUUUACUCUGGAGCACAGCCAGACGGCAAGUUUCUUGUCAGAGACAGAAAGGAGGCUAAUUCGUUUGCUCUCUCUCUGAUGUACGGGAAAACGGCUUACCACUAUCAGAUCCAGCAGGACAAAUCAGGGAAGCUGGCUAUGCCGGAGGGUACAAAGUUUGACACACUGUGGCAGCUGGUCGAGUAUCUGAAGAUGAAGCCUGAUGGUCUGGUAACUGUCCUCGGGGAGGCCUGCGUCAACGGCAAAACUGUAGAACAGAAACCCAGUGUUCCUUCAGAAAGGCGAGGUGGAGGUCGACGGAAUCCAUACACACCACCACCUGGAGCUGCUGCGCUGACCUCAAAACCAGUUACGUCUGUGCCUAAAGAGUGCGACCUUCUGCCCAUGGAUUGUGAUGGAUUUAACCCAUAUCACAACCCGAAUGAGAUCAAGAAAUUCAACAUCCAGCGCGACCAGCUGAUGAUAGACGAGGUGGAACUCGGCUCUGGAAACUUUGGCUGUGUGAAGAAGGGAGUCCUCAGGAAAGAAUCAGGCCAGGUAGACGUGGCCAUCAAGGUGCUGAAGAGUGAAAAUGAAAAGGUGGUGAAGGAUGAGAUGAUGAGGGAGGCAGAGAUCAUGCACCAGCUGGACAACCCGUUCAUCGUCCGCAUGCUGGGCCUGUGCAACGCCGAGCACCUGAUGCUCGUCAUGGAGAUGGCUGCAGCCGGUCCCCUCAACAAGUUCCUCUCCACCAAAAAGGAAACUGUGUCUGUGGAGGACAUCGUCAACCUGAUGCACCAGGUAUCGAUGGGGAUGAAGUAUUUGGAGGAUAAGAACUUUGUGCACAGAGAUCUGGCAGCUCGCAACGUCCUGCUGGUCAACCAGCAGUUUGCCAAAAUCAGUGACUUUGGGCUUUCCAAGGCGCUGGGAGCAGAUGACAACUACUACAAAGCUCGUACAGCAGGUAAAUGGCCACUGAAGUGGUACGCUCCAGAAUGUAUAAACUUCCACAAAUUCUCCAGUAAAAGUGACGUGUGGAGCUUUGGCGUCACCAUGUGGGAGGCGUUCACCUACGGAGGAAAACCCUACAAGAAAAUGAAAGGUCAGGAGGUCACAGCCUUCAUUAACAACGGGGGCCGUAUGGAGCGUCCGCCAGCGUGUCCAGAGAGGAUGUACACACUGAUGAGAGAGUGCUGGACACAGUCCCACGAGGAUCGCCCCGACUUCAAGAAGGUCGAGGAGUCCAUGAGGACUUAUCAUUACUCCAUAUCCAGCAAGGCCAAGCCUGAUGGAGCCGAAGCUGCUGCCAUGCCUAGCAAGUAG